ACCCUGCAUCCAAUGCAGGUAAACAUGACCAUAACUGCUGAGUAUUUAAUCCCCAGACAGCUAGCAUAACAGACAGGUCUGCUGAGAUAUGGACAACAGAACAGAGGAACCUUUGGCUCUGAUUGUAGAUUUCAGGCUCUGAGUUUCUGCAGGCAUGUUUUGUGGGAAAGAAAAUUAUUGUGGAUGAAAAAUUGUUGAAUGAACUUUGGACAGACUUGAGUAUUUGAUUGACAUCCGAAACGACUGGAAUACUUCGCAGCACAGAAUAGGAAGCCGACAUGUUCCCCAGUCAUGGAGCAAAAUACUUGGAGAAUGGAAAAUACAUGGGAUAAUUCUCUGUCACCAGCAGAGGAAAAUAAUUCAGAGAAGUGUCUAUAGAAUAGAAGAAGCCGCAUAUAGGCUACAUGAGAGAAUGGAUCUACAAAAGCUGUUGAGACAGGAGCUUACUGAACUUCAAAUUUGUAUAAGGAUGGCAAGGAUCGAAAUGACAAUCCUGUCAAAAUUAUAGAGGACAAGAUCCGCAUCGCUUUGAAUGUACCACAGGGAUGCUGGUUUCCUGCUAGUCAUUCUCUAAAGGGUCUCAUAGAGGACAUCAGUGGACAGUUAGACACACUACAGAAUCUCUCGCUCUCAGUCAAAAUGAUUUCAGAUGAAGAUGUUUUAAGGAAUGCAUCUGGAGGUCUAGCUUUAGAAGGGAUUUACAAAACCAGCAAUCCACAAGACUUGCUGGCAAAAAGAGAGCAGCUCAUUGAGGUUCCAGAUUCAUUUUCAAUUACUGGUUCGCAACAAAGUGCCAUUUAUGGGCAGAAAGAGUUUUCAUCCCAAAAGUCCCAAACUGUUUAUCAGGAAGUCAUGGAGAAACUGGGCUUAAGCUUCAGCGACUUGGUGAAGGCAGGAUCCCAGGGCAUUGGCUUUGGAAGCACAGAAGAGGAAAUCAAAUUAAGCGAGAUAGAGGAAAACAGUGCUCAUUCAAAUGAAGAGACAUACAUCUGCAACACAAAGUACAGCUACAUCCCACUAGCUUCCAGCAUUAUUGAGAAAAAUCAAGUCAAACUUUCCUCUAGAGCACUACAUGCACUUAAAGAUAUUGAAGCAGACAUUAUGCAUAGUAAAGACAGUGAAACAGUAACUUCUAGAAUUGCCAAAUUCUAUGACAGAUUUGGUUCACAUGUGAACCAGGGGCCCUAUACACUUUGGAGGGAUUUUCUGGUGGAUAGCUUCUGCUGCAGUCCUCAGUAGUGAUGACCUGUCAGAUAUUAGGAGGUUGACAUCAGAGGCUCUGAAUGAUUUUGUCAGUUCUGGAUAUAAUGGGCUUUCUCAAAAAUCUUCAAGCAGAGGAAUAGCAUCCUCUCCACAGCUGAAAGGGUCUUCCACUGGAAGAUCCGAUGAAGCACUGAUGAGUCAAGUUGGACUGUCAAUCAGUAAAACUGGUGGUCCUGCUGAAGUUGAUGAUCACUUGCAGUGGAAGUCCCAUCUUGUGACCAGUAACAGAACCUGGAGUGUUAUUGAUAGAGGAACAACCCUGAUUCCUGUCUGGGAAAUACUCAUAGCAGCUCAUAAAGAUGACUUCAAAGACGUUUUGAAUUUAAGAAAUAUAUUAAUGGAAGCAUGCACAAAUAUCACAAAGGUAAAUGUGGAAAAGGUGUUGGAAAAGGAUACAAACAGAGUCAUUUCUGCUGCCACCAGGCCUCAGGCCAACCUGAUACAAACAGAAUUGACAACAUCCAUGGAUGAAGACAGAAAGGUAUCAUCAAAAGUAAAAGGAAAAGGACUGCAGCUCAUAAAAGAAAAUACAAACAGAGUCAUUUAUGUUACUGAAUUCUCAGGGCUAACCAGUAUUCUGGAGUGUGCCAAAGAAGAAGUGUUAUACUGCAGAAACACCCUCAGUUCUUCUGAAAAAUUACAAAGUGCCAAAAUAGAAGCCACACAGACUAUAACCUUAUCACUGAAUUCACUCUGUAAGACGUGGAGAGACAAUGAUCAAGAUGAAGCUGAACUGUUGGUGCUUUCCAUAAUCACUGUCUUAGGAUACAGUAUGGAAACUAAUACAUUUGAUCAUGCUCUGAAUUGGAAAGAAAUAAACUUCUUGCAGACUAAAUUGCAGCAUGCAUAUAGCAUGUACUCUUCUCUGAAAGAUCAGUGUGCCACCAGGGCUCAGGCCUACCUGUUACAAACAGCACUGACAACAUCCAUAGAUGAAGACAGCAAGGUACCAUCAAAAGAAAAAGGAAAACGAUUGCAGCUCAUUAAGUCACAUUUGCAGGACAAACUUUCAGUUGCCAUUCAAUCAGCAAUUGAAAACAGCCAUGGUGAUUGGCAAUGGCUAGAGAGUGCACUACAAGCUAUAGUCAUUGGGACGCAGAUGAAUGACAGAAGAGCAGAGCCAAAGGAUACAGUCUACAAGCAGGCUAAUUUACUACUGAAGCAAGUGCCAUCCUUAUCUCAGAUUCAGAUAACAGAUGAGGAAAAUACACCAGAAAAUGACACUGUAUGUAAAAAAAGAGACAGCUUCAUGAAUUUGCUUCAAAAGCUUGGUCUGAUUGACUCUUACCCCAAAAAGAUGUCACAAGCAAAUGUUCUUCUCAUUGACACUUUAUCUCUUAGUGUAAAUCAACCUAGUUCGGAGAAAGAGCUAAGCUCCCACUAUCUCUACAAGCUCACGAUGUUGGAUUACAGAGCCAGGUACAUGUUUAUAAAGCAUAACACAAGUAGCAUGGAUUUAGAGGAUGCUCGAACCACUGUUGACAAUGAUGAUUUUUUUGAUUUUGGUGACAACAGUUUCCUGGAUGUGAGCUGCACAGAGACACAGAUUCAUCCAAUGGAUGUUCACAUGGCAGUUUUCCAUUGUGCCAAUGACUUCUUGCGACAGUACAUUGUCAAAAAGCUCUCUACUUGCCAAUUUGCAAUUCCCUUCCUAGUACCUGACCCCUGUACGGAGGAGGUUGAAUUCCCCUUCUGGGUCCUGCGAUACAUCAGUAAAUCAUGGCAAAGUAACACAAAUUCUACAGCUGACAGUCCUGGAAAGUACAAGAGCAGAAAAAUGUCCUGCACACCAGUCCCAGUUGUUUCCUUUAUUAGACUAGGUGAGUCCAAUUACAACUCCAAGUCCCAGAUAUUGAAUGGUGUCAUUAGCAAACAGAGGCACAGUGUAUUUUUUCACCGCCAUUGCAAGGGGAGCACCAAAGACAGCUUGCUCAUGAAUGGAGUUGUGGAGAUUGCAUGGUACUGUCCAGGAGGGAAGGACGAUGACAUAUUUGAUGAUUGUGUGGCCUUUCUGAACCUUCAUGGUGAUGCAGCAAAGCAUCAAAAACAACUUGAGUUUCUUCAGGCAGUAAGUACUGUCAAUGUGCUUCUACUUUCAGAGCAUCCUUUGGAUGAAGUCGAAAAAGCGAUUUCCCAGAAACUCUCUAAGUCUCCAGUCCCCUUGAUAUGCAUGUUCUCAGGGAAAGAACUCAUUCAGCAGUCAAACAAUCCUACCAAAGUUAGGCUAGCCGCAAAGAACAGGAAUCAUGCUGAAUUUACAGAAGAACUGAUUUUAAGUAUCCGACAGUGCAUUGGUGAAAAUAAACAGACAACAAACAUUGAAAUGUGCCGUCAAGUUGCAAUUCAACAACAGUUCAAAGUGAAUGAAGUUCACAAAACAUAUCAAGAAGGUUAUGAACAGGCUCAGACAUUAAUUAGUAUUUUGAAGGAGGAAAGCUCUUCGGCUCUGAAGGAGAAGCUUUUGCCCCUUCAGGGUGAUUUGUGGCAUGAAUGGUCUAGGAAAACAAAGAGCAGUUUCGCUUGCAGUGCAAAGAAAAGGAAAGCAUUGAACAGCAGCUGAGUGAAAUCUCAGCUAAAAUGGAAGCAAUCAGAGAGAGUCAACUAUAUAAGGCCACACCUCUCAAUGACUUUGUAAGAUCAUUCAUAGAUUGCUUAAGUAAACCUAAUAGUUCCGAAGACACAAAACUCUACACAUUGCAGUGCCUCACAAUCUUCCUGGAUGAUCUUACCACUGGUGCACUUGCAGAGCUUGAAGUGGACUAUCAAUCAACCUGGAGAAAAAUGAGAGAAGUACCAAAGGACAAGGAAAAAACAUCUCAUGUCAAUCAAAUGCAAUCAAACCUCAACAACAUAUCUGACAAAAUGGCUGCAACAACCAUUAGCCUCCAGCAUCUUAUGAGAGAGGUUGGUCAACUGUAUGAAGCCAGUCAAACAACACCAAAAGCACCAGGACCAAC